ACUAUCGCAGCGCCCGUUGCUUCUCUUUACAAAAUGAUGGGCGCGGCUACUGGUUCAACGAGACCUUCCGCGAAGCAAGCCGCCGCGGCCACUACUACGCCGGGCCGCCAUCCUCUUAUAUGACCGGCAAAAGGCAGCCAUCGCCUACUCAUCAGGAAGGGGAUCGAUCGAUCGAUCGCCCUCGUCCCCAUCCACAUCCACUGUCCGAGCCUGCGCUUGCACGCACCCACCUCGCCAUUGACUUGCUUGAGCAGCGCGCGCGCGUGCCCACUACUCGGCGGCUCUCUUAGCUGUUGCAGCUUCGGCGGCUGAGGGAUCGCGAUGAGCAAGAAGAAGGCGGAGGGGGGCAGCAAGCUGGGGCGGUGGCUGGGCGCGCCGGUGCGGGCGCUGUCGCGGGCGUGCGACUCGUACGCGCGGAAGAUGUCGGCGUGCGCGGGGCGGAUGCCGACGCACGCCGCCGCCUACGGCGGGCGCGGCGGGUUCGCGCCGGGGAGCAUGCAGGCCGCGACGUUCAGCUCCCGCUCGCGCCGCGGCGGGGCCGGCGGCCAGGAGGACGUCGACGCGCUCGUCCGCGCCAUGUCCAAGCGCCAGGCGCCCGGCCGCGGCGGCGAGGGCGUCCCGCCCCGGAGCCGGAGCGUGCAGGUGGGGCGGAUCGACGAGGACGCGCCGUGCGAGUUCGGCGCCGACGACGCCGUGCGCGUCGGCGGGCCCCCGGUGCGCAGGGCCCGCAGCGUCGCCGUGGGCGGCGCCGGCCUCGCCGCGCGCGCCGGCGCCGUCGGUGGGUACGGCGCCGCCAGGAAUCAGCUGGGAGCGGGCGGCGUCGUGCGCGGCUGAUGAUCCGUCCGCCGCCAGGGCACGCGGUCGGCGGCGCCUGCAACAUCCGACGCGUGCAUAGCUAGCUUGACGUGUUCAGCCCGUCGCAAUCCUGAGUUAGUUCAGCAUCUCAGUAUGUUUGUUUGUUUGUGUUUCCCUGCGUGAAUGCGUGAUGUGCGUGCGUGCUUAGGGAUCAGGGUUUGUCACGACUUGCCGGUGGCGGCCAUGGACGCCAACACAUGCGUGUGAAGGAUUGCAACGUGUCGUGUGUCCAAGCAACAAGAGGGUCUGGUGUACAUACAGUGUACAAGGUAUACGCACCCUUCUUAAUGAAAUGCUUGCCUAGGCAAGUUCUC